AUGGAUUCUCCUGUGAAACCCCCACUAGACACCCAGGCAUCACUCUCCCAUACCACGCAGGAUGUAGGCUUUGGCGACUCCCUGGGGCGCUCACACUUGGCGCCUGCCGCCUCCGAGGCCUUUUACCGAGAACAGUGCAGGAGCCAUGGGGUGUACCCCAACAACGCCUUUGUGCGGCAGCUGCUGGCUGGAGUCACUGUGUUUGACUUUGAGAACGGCUACCUGGGUGAGCGGGGAAUUGUUCCCAUCCUCUCCACGUUGCAGCGGCUACCAGUGGUGGAGUUGUCCAUGCGAAACUGCGAAGUCAGCACCGAUGACGUCGGUUUGAUGCAGAAAACGUUUGCAUCGCAUGAAACGCUUAGAAAGAUCGAUCUGCGGGGUGUUUCGUUGACGGUGGCCGCAGCUCGCCGACUUCUCACCCUCGCUGUGCAGAACCCCUGCGUGAAGGAGAUUCUCCUGGACGAGGACACACCAAAGUAUCUCUACAUUCAGAAGCAAUGUUUUGCCAAUGCGGAACUGAGGAUCUUGGCCUCGCGGUGUCUGGUGUGUAACAGGCCCGUCAUUCACUCCCCGGAUCAAGGAAUUGAGAGUCGUCUUCUUCUCUCCCUUGGAUGUGAAUUAAACAGCAUGUUGCCUGCCACAACAGAGGUGGCGCUUCAAGUUAUGCUGCGUUGUAUUUUGGCCUGCUGUGAGGCGGGUGAUGGUGUCUUAUUUGUAUGCUCUGGUGAGUGCCGAAUGCAGCUCACGAGGGAUAUCCUCACCGCAGUGCGUGCCGUAGUGUGCGAGUGUUUUUCCGAUGAGAAGACUGUGUACCCAAAGAAUCCCAUUCUUCGGCGGUGUGCGGAAGACAUGCCCAAAACAACUCUUAGGGGACUUGCAGUGGCACGGGGCAAGGAUACUGUACGUGCGGGGGAAGGUUUACGGAGCAAAUCCAUUCAUGGCGGGAACGGCUACGACGACGGCAGCGACUACAGCGAGGAUGAGGAUGAAAGUCAGAGGAAAAAGGCGUCUGGCGGCGUGUUAGAAAACUGCACCAUAUGUGGAGCUCAUGCCGUCUGUCUUCCGAAUGGGGGAUUGCAGGCGAUGCGUCGUGUUUGUCAGGACAUUGAGGAUGGUUCCACGCUGCGUCCAUCAGCGUUGCUCCGUCUGAUAAAGUUGCUGCUCCAGUAUACAGAUAUGCGGCCCUGCUCCGAGAAGUGUGUGAUACAUCUUGUGCGGUUCGGUAUCUACGGCUACGGUGGAGUUUUGCUAGCCGGCGAUCAAAGAAGCGACCCGACAGUGUCUUCCCUCGAUGUUUCCCUCACCUAUUUGCCUAGCGACGACUUUGCCAUCCUUAACUUCUCCGCGGCGUACAUUGACGAGACCGCCGAGGAAGAUACCUGCUGUGCAGUGACGGUUGCGAGUGUCAUGUCCGACAUGGAUGGCGUAGCCAUUGACCCCUAUAUGAUCUUUGCGUUUGGUCGAUACCUCGCAAAGCUGCCUCCUCGCGCGUUGGGAAUGGAACUGCGUCAUGCGUGUGAGGCCGUGCAACUCGCUGGGUGUUUGCCUGCUAGUUUUGGGCCCUUUGAUCGACGGAAAAAACGACCUCCACGCCAUUCCUACGUGUCAUGGGAAAAAUGGCAUGAUCAUGCUGAUUUAAACAAAAUUGUCCGUGUCGCCUUCUCUCGACGACGGCAAGGCUUCUACGACAUUGACGGACCACACGGAAACCUUUUUGACAAUGCACGGUCGGCUCUCUGGGCGUUCCGAAGUCAACGACGCUCGGUACUAGUCACUAUGAAGUUCUCCCUGGAGUGGCUUGCGUUUCCAGGGGGUGUGGUGCCGAACGAGUCAACGUUGCGGCGGUGUUUUCUGACGACCUUUAAGGUUGUCGGUCAGGCGAACAUCGACAACGCCCUCUACCUCAUCUGUCAAGGCAACUUUGGGUCACGGGUUGGCAACAAGGGUUUUUUUUACAUUCCACGUGGGAUUUUUAACCUGUGCGCCACCGGUGCUGCGUACAUUUUCAUUGACGCCGGCGCAUACAUGGCGGCAAGGGGCCAUCGACAAGGCCUCUACGCCGCACGGGUGCUUCCAAAGCAGGCCACGCAGUUGGUGGAACAGCUCCCACUGCUGCAAGGGUUGUAUCACUUCUGCCUGGAGGCCCUCAACUGGCGAACGCGGCACCGACUUGCGUGCACCAAGGUUGUGUGUGAGGCCCUUUGCCGCCUUCCUCCCCCGAUCUUUUUCAUCUACCGCGGCUGUGAUCGCGAGGUGUCGGAGACGCAGAUAGCGCUCUUGAAGACGCUGCGGCAAAUUGUUUUCAUGGACAACGCCCGUUCACUGCUGCUUUUCUACAUUCAUGAAGUACUGGGCUUGAAGUCGAUGGAGUGGGCGUAUGCGCUCGUCAAUCAACUCGCGCAGUAUCCGCCACUUCCUGUGCUGCUGCAGAGGAAUGCUGAGCGUCUGUCAUUUGUCGACCUCCAGCGACGACAGGCCCGCAUCGAGUGGACGCCGUUGAGAGCCAAUAAAAAGCCAAUUGUGAGGGCGGCGUCGCAUCCUCCUGAACCGCGCCCGGUGAGGAAGACCGUGGCAAAGCGAUCGCCCAAGACGGCACCAGAGAAAAAGUCAAACAAAGACGCACGGGACGCGUUCCUUGACAAGCUGGAAAACCGCUGGUCGACGAUAAGGGAGCGUCGAGAGUCGAUUAAGGAGCAACGCCGCUCCAGUCGAAAGGAAAGCCACUCAUUUGUCCGUUACUCCUUCACAGCCGGUUCUGCCGCGAGUUUUACGGCGCGAUCCAUGGCGGGAGAAAGUGACUUUGUUCCCCUGUCGCUUGUUGGUCAUCCGUGGCACUCCGUCCGCCUCACAGAGGCGGAUGGGAAAUUGGCGGAUUAUGCCAUAUUUUUCAUCAAGGACCACACCUGUUGCAUCCAUGUCAAAAAUAACACCCUUACAGAGCCUCUGCGCCCCAUAUCGGCGAACCAUUUUGCGAGCAGUCUUCCCUUUACCACCGGUUUUGACUGCGCGUUGAACUCGCCAGUGAAUCCGCGUACGGUGUACUUCUUCUGUGGUGAGCAGUGGAUUGAGUGGGACGCGUACUUGCAGACCCGCACGGGGGGUCCAUUUAAGCUGCGACUUCACAGACAGUUUGCGGCGUUGCCGCCGGAGUUCCUUCACAGGAUUGACGCGGCUGUGCCAAUCCCCAACACUUCUUACGCCUUUUUUUUCUCACAGCUUAUGUAUGUGGUCUUUGACUUUGAGCAGCGGCGAGCUGUUGGUGGUGUGAGACGCGUUGGGGACGAUAAGACAAGUGAGCAGAACUUUCCAACCUUUGGCUCGACUCUCGCCAGCCUGUUUCCUUACGGGCCCAUGACGACAUUGCUUUGGCGUGCCGAAGAGACACUGGCGUGCGACGAGCAGGCAAAGGGGGCGAAUAAGGAAGGCGCUUCUGAGGCGGUAAGAAAAGAUUCGGCCCAAGUAGAGAAGGCGAGGGUCAUGUUGAUUGGACGGGAUGGUCGUUUGGCAACUCUGUGCAGCUUUGCUUCGUCUGCGACAGCGUUGACACCCGAGGAGUUGCAGACAAUUCCCGCAUCCUCUUUCUCACACCUCCCACAAGCGUUACAGCAGAUGACCACGGCUGCCCUGCAUGGUGUUUGCAAACAGGUUCUGGUUGCGGAGUGCAAUCGCUGUGGAGUUGUUUUGAAUAGCCUGCGCCAUGCAAGACAUCAGAUGAAGGCAAUUACCAGCACACUUACGCGGAAGCGCGAAGAAUUGGAUGAUCUCUUGUGUCUCACUCGACGGGAUAUUAAAUGCAUUGCGUCAUCGCUACUGUGUGAGGAAGUUAUUUUUGUUCAAACCGAAGAGAGCAUGCUUGAUUAUCCACCGCAGGUGGUAGAGGUGGAUUAUGGCCCCACACACCCUGUUAGCUUUGGUGUUCUUGUGGCUGUGCUGGAUACUACACGCUUAGACCCUCGAGUGCUUCGUGUUGCGCCGAUUAUGGCUGUGGUUGAGAGCAGUGAUGACGGCAUCGUGUACAUUACACACACGCGUUUCCUCCUCUCACCUUAUGUCACUGCUACUUGUUGGGGUGAAGCACAUGCCGCUCGUUUUUGGCGGCUGCGUUUCCUGUCCCGUUUGCCUGUAACCACGGGCUUGGUACGACUCCUAUGGUAUGAGGUUUUGCGCGUGCUUGGAACUAUUCCGCUAGAUCCCUGCAUCCCACACUCUCCGCAGGAGUCAACCAAAGUCAGCAUCACAGCACCGCAUCUUCUUCGUGAGCCCACUGAACUCCUCAAAUCACUCGCUCCUGGGGCCGUCUUUGCCUCCUCUUCCACUCGUGGUUGGUUGAAAAAACACUGUAUUUUGCCGCUGCUCCCAGAUGGGACAUUUUGCCUGCUGUUUUGCGGUAAAAAUUUUAUUGAAUUGGACGUUGAGCACAGUACUGUGGUGUCACAUCGUACGAUUCCUCUUGCGAGUCACCCAGGCUUCGCCAAUUUACCAUACCCCUUUUCAAGCGGGUUUAAUGCCGUCUUUUACCCUAAUCCACACAACCCGAAUGUUGUGGCGCUCGUU